UUUCCCUUUUUUUCUUUUUUUUUAUUUCCUUGGGGUGUGUGGGGGGUGGGGGGAGGGGAGGAGGAGGGUUGCUUUUGUGUGCGUGUGUUGGAUGAGGGCAUGGCGGGGUUGGAUCUAAGCACCGCCGCGUCGAGAUACGUGCACCAUCUCCACCACCGCCCCGACCUCCACCUCCAACAGCACCACCACCACCACCAUCCCAGCAACCCCAACACCAGCAGCGGCGGCGGCGUGGACCGGGACGGCGCCGCCCUGCAGCAGGGCCUGGACCUGGCCGGGGCGGGGGGCGGCGCGGGGGACGUGGUGGCGCGGCGCCCGCGGGGGCGGCCCCCGGGGUCGAAGAACAAGCCGAAGCCGCCCGUGAUCAUCACGCGGGAGAGCGCCAACACGCUGCGGGCCCACAUCCUGGAGGUGGGCGGCGGCUGCGACGUGUUCGAGUGCAUCUCCUCGUACGCGCGGCGGCGCCAGCGCGGCAUCUGCGUGCUCAGCGGCAGCGGCACCGUCACCAACGUCAGCCUGCGCCAGCCCUCGGCCGCCGGCGCCGUCGUCACCCUCCACGGCCGCUUCGAAAUCCUCAGCCUCUCCGGCUCCUUCCUCCCGCCGCCGGCCCCGCCCGGCGCCACCAGCCUCACCAUCUUCCUCGCAGGCGGCCAGGGCCAGGUCGUCGGCGGCAACGUCGUCGGCGCCCUCUACGCCGCCGGCCCCGUCAUCGUCAUCGCCGCCUCCUUCACCAACGUCGCCUACGAGCGCCUGCCGCUCGAGGACGAAGAUCCACAGCCGCAGCAAACGCAGGCCCCGAUGGCGGCGGACGCACCGCCGGGACCAGGAGCGGGGAACCACCCCUUCCCCGACCCCUCCUCGGGCUUGCCCUUCUUUAACAUGCCGCUAAAUAUGGCGGGCAACGUGCAGCUGCCGGUCGACGGGCACGGAUGGGCCGGCGCCGGGGCCUCGGCCGGGCGGCCUGCUCCCUUCUAGCUAGCUAGAAGAUCGAUCGAUGCCUGUCGAUGCCUGUCGAUGUAUGUACGUAGCGACUCUUACUUAAAAAUCGGAAGCACCCUAAUCCUAAUGAUAUUGUACGUAUAUUAUGGGCUUACUACUAUUGGGGUACUAUUAAUUGGGCGCAAAUGGAGCUAAUGAUCGGUGGAUCCAUGUGCACGAGAUAUAUCAUGGUAUGGAUGGGAUGGAUGGAUCAUCAUCAGUGGCAACUCAGCUAGCUGCAGCAGCAAAAGGUUAGCAUGCGUAUUUGAGGAUUUUCAUGUACAAUUAGUUUCUCUCUCUCUCUCUCUCUCUCUCUAU